AUGGUCAGCACUGUUAUGAUGAACUUGCUGCAUAGUAAAGUAUGGCCUUUCAAAUCGGGACGAUUAACGAUGCUGCGCCGAGGAAUCGUGCCUGUGACUUUUGCUUCGAAAAGAAGUCACAUUGGAUCGGAGCUGGAGUCCCGCCUAGGGCUAGAUGCAGGAAAACGAGAAGUUCUCAGAGCAGCUCUGGCGUUUUCAAAGCAGGCGUCCCAGCAACCAAGCGUCAUUGCGUACGAAGAGGAUUCUUCGGAAAACUUUGAUAUAUUCAGCGAAAACUCUUAUCCAACAGCCGAGAGUCUUUAUCUGAUCCUUUCAAGUCCUCGAAAAAGUGUCGGCCAGUCUUUUACAAUGGACAUCGGGUCUGUCAUUUCUGAAGAAACGCUUGAGCGUCAAGCCCUUGAACUGAUUGAAAAGUCUGUAAAUGGUGCGACGCGUGUUCAUUACAUAGUGACUGUGAACUUCUUUGUCUGGAUGUAUCUAGGAGCCUCCAACUAUCAUACGACAGGAUCUAUUAUGGCCCAGCAUAUUCUGAAGAGGCGCCAACAGUAUGAGAAGAACUUACAAGCAGCUUUAUGCCGUAUAGGCGUCCUGGACCAGCCAAGCUUGCCACUGCUUCAAGCACUGCUUUCCGGUGCCAUGUUUAUGCUCCUCUCGGGGAAAUUGGAGAUGUGUUGGCAGUUGAGUGCGUCAGCAUCGAGAGUAUGCAUGGCCUUGGGUGGACCUCGCCGGAUCAGCUCUCAGACCAUGGCUGCCCAUGAGCUGCGAGAAACUCGGUAUACUUUAUCGAUCUGCUACAUGUUUGAUAGAGCGCUGGCUCUGAGCAUGAACCGCUGCCUGUCUCUGCCCGAAUUCGACAUGAACCCUGCGGAACUGGUGCCACCAGACGCAAAGAAGCCAUAUACUUCACUCAUUCAAGUCUUUCUGCAAUUGGCCGAGGUUCAAUCCGAAAUUGUUCACCACAUGGAGAUCAAGAACAGGAAAGCACGAGAAGAUGUUGAAACAAUCCAAACAUUGCAAGGAAAGAUGUGGAAAAUAAAAGAAACGAUCAGAGAGGUGGGGUGUCAAAAGCAGCCCUUGCAUACCAAGGAGAAGUAUCUUCAGGCCGAGUGGAUGGGCGUAGAUUUUGUCUAUCAUUCCGUCAUGACAUCGGUUGUCAAGCUCCACCCGUACCUAAUGGAUGAUGCUGGUUUACACCAGCAAUUGCUUAGUUACGCUCGCACAUCUCUUAGUUCCCUAUCUGAGAUGUUGAGCAUCGCUAAAACUUUGGUGGAUUUUCACCUAUUUCGGGUUUCAGUUUCGUGGUAA